AUGACUGGAUCAGAAUCUAAGUCACCAGAGCCUAGGGAGCAAAGUGUGGAGCAGAAAUGUGGAGAAGUGAACUCGGACAGCGUGAUGCGAGAGUUGGGCCAGGCGGGACGGUUCCACCUACGGAUGUACGUGCUGGUGGCGCUCGUGGCUGUGCAAGUCGGUAUGCUGCAUACCACAUAUAUUUUCCUAGCGGGAAGUAUUCCCUAUAGCUAUGGAAUGGAAAGCGUUCGAUGUUGCAAUAGUCUGGCAAUUGUAAAGGGACAUUCA